AUGAUAUCCGUGCGUGCCUUGGUUGCGCCCUCCCGCCAAUGCCUGCGGGGGGCCCGCCUCGCUCCCAGAUACGCAUCGCCAUUUUCACAGGUCCGUGGCUAUGCUGCUGCUGCUGAAGAGAAGGUCGCAAAAUUCAAGGGGAAGAAGGGUCCGGAUGGAAAAUACACGGUUACUCUAAUUGAGGGUGACGGCAUUGGUCCUGAAAUCUCCCAGUCUGUCAAGGACAUUUUCGCUGCAGCACAGGUGCCGAUCAAAUGGGAACCAGUAGACGUUACUCCGAUCAUUAAAGAUGGGCGGACUGCUAUCCCCGACGAGGCCAUUCAGAGUGUGCAGAGGAACUACGUGGCCCUCAAGGGUCCUCUGGCUACUCCUGUCGGCAAAGGCCACGUUUCGCUCAACCUGACCCUUCGCCGGACGUUCAACCUCUUUGCCAAUCUGCGUCCAUGCCGCUCCAUUGCCGGCUACAAGACUCCCUACGACAAUGUCGACACCGUCCUCAUCCGUGAGAACACCGAGGGAGAGUACUCUGGAAUUGAGCACGUGGUGGUGGAUGGUGUUGUCCAGAGCAUCAAGCUCAUUACCCGGGAAGCCUCGGAGCGCGUCCUGCGGUUCGCCUUCCAGCACGCCCGGGCUGUCCAGAAGAAGAAGAUGUCCGACGGUCUCUUCCUGAACACCGCCCGCGAAGUUGCCAAAGAAUUCCCGGACAUCGAGUUCGACCAUGAGCUUCUCGACAACACCUGCCUCAAGAUGGUCACCGACCCCACGCCCUACAAUGACAAGGUCCUGGUCAUGCCCAACCUGUACGGUGAUAUCCUGUCCGAUAUGUGCGCCGGUCUCAUCGGUGGCUUGGGUCUGACCCCCUCCGGGAACAUUGGUGACGAGUGCUCCAUUUUCGAGGCCGUCCACGGCUCCGCUCCCGAUAUCGCCGGCAAGGGUCUUGCCAACCCGACGGCGCUCCUGCUGAGCGCUAUCAUGAUGCUGCAGCACAUGGGUCUGAACGAGCAUGCUGCUCGUAUCCAGAAGGCUACCUUCGACACCCUGGCGGAGGGCAAGUCCCUCACCGGCGAUCUUGGUGGCACUGCCAAGACGCAUGAAUACGCAGAGGCCAUCAUCAAGCGCUUGCAAUAA